AUGCACUCUGUCACGGUCAAGUGCGAGGGCGGGCUCGAUGUCAUCUUCGGGGGAGUUCGCAAGAGCGAGUGCACGGUGGCUGCACAGGAGCCUCCCACCGUCAAGGACCUGAUGUACCACAUCACCGAGACACUGUUGGUGGAUAAGAAAGAUUUCGAUGUGUUUGUGGAGGACGGCACGAUCCGGCCCGGCAUUUUGGUCCUGAUCAACGACACAGACUGGGAGCUGGAGGGCGAAGACGAGUAUGUGCUUCAGGACGGAGACGUUAUUGCGUUCACGAGUACUUUGCACGGGGGUUGAAUUGCCUCACGAUACCACGUCCAACCUGCAUCCCAGCAGGCCCUGGCCGGCCCACUUGGCGGGCACCAGUGUGAGUUGCGUGAGGGUAUUGUUUCUGAGCACAACAACUUCGACAGGGACGUUUUCUGCGACGGCCCCGACUAAUGCCUUUAGAUUAUUGUGAUUAGUAGCGUUAAUCCUUCCAAACGAGAGCAACAGGUCGCCGGCUCGUAGGCCGGCCGUAUGUGCGGGGCUGUCCUGUGCAACAAAUGCGACCGACGCGAACGGGAUGCUGGAUGCCCGGGAGACCGUGGUGGCGCGGCUGAACGACUGGGCCAAUUUGGGCUGGAGGGCGUCGGAAACGAGACGCCAGUCGUUGCGGAGGCGGAUGAUUUGCGUGCGGAGGAGCCGAACCUGCACAACGUCGAUAUCUGAGCGCGGGAAGCCGUCGUCGGAGACCAGUGGGGUGUCCAUGUCUGCGUUCUGGGCAUAGAGACGGGCGUGGAGAGUGUCGAUCUGGGCCUCAAUACGGGAGCGCAGAUUGGCAAGCUGGGCAAGGUCCAUGCCGGCGAGCGCGUCGGGCUCGGCGG